AUGAUAGCCGUCUGGGAUCAGGAUCAAGUUAGUUCGGAUGCCGAGUGUGGAAAAGCCUAUUUUAAGCUUGAUAUAGAUUCCUAUGAUGAUUUUUUGGCGCAUGAUUUGUGGCUUGACUUGAAACCUCAGGGGCGUGUGCUUGUGCGAAUCAGUAUGGAAGGUGAAAAAGAUGAUAUCCAAUUUUAUUUUGGAAAAGCCUUCAGAUCAUUAAAACGAGCUCGUGAUGAUAUGAUCAGAACCACUAUUUCACCAUAUUUAAGACAAUGUUUAUCACGAGAGGUCGUCAAGAAUUUGUUGAGGCCUUCCAGCACAACAGCCACUUCACUUAAACAAAUAUUCAAGGAGACAGCAGCUGGGAAGGGUUCUC